CAGCGCUCCCGCCCCGGGCCGGAGCCACUGCAAGAGGCAUCGCCGGAGCCGCACCGAGCUCCGUCCCAGCUCGGCGGGCCAGAGAGGCGGCCAGGGGGUCUGGUUAUGGUGGCGCCCGCGCUCGGAGACCCCCAGAGCCGGUGACCAUGUCCGGAGCCUGCCCGCUGCUCCUCGUCCUCUGCCUGUCCCUGCCCGGGGCCCUGGCACUGCCCGGCGCGCCCGACUACCUGCAGCGGGGCUGGCAGCGGCUGCUGGAGGAAGGGGAGGGCUGCGCGGCCUGCCGCCCCGAGGACUGCCCCGCACCGCGUGGCUGCCUGGCAGGGCUGGUCCGCGACGCCUGCGACUGCUGCUGGGAGUGUGCCAACCUGGAGGGGCAGAUCUGCGACCUGGACGGCACCCACCACUUCUACGGGCGGUGCGGGGAGCACCUGGAGUGCCGGCUCGACGCCGGGGACCUGCGGCGCGGAGAGGUGCCCGAGCCCCAGUGCACCUGCCUCUCCGGCCAGGCCCUGUGCGGCUCCGACGGCAAGACCUACGCCCAGAUCUGCCGGUUCCAGGAGGCGGCACGGGCGCGGCCCCAGGCCAACCUCUCCGUGGCCCACGAGGGGCCCUGCGAAGCAGAGCCCCAGAUCCUGUCCCCUCCCUACGAUGUCUGGAACGUCACCGGGCAGGACGUCAUCUUCGGCUGCGAGGUCUUCGCCUACCCCAUGGCAUCCAUCGAGUGGAGGAAAGACGGCGCGGAGAUGCUGCUCCCGGGAGAUGACCCCCACAUCUCCGUCCAGUUUCGGGGCGGCCCCCAGAAGUACGAGGUGACCGCGUGGCUCCAGAUCCAAGCCGUGCGGGUGACGGACGAGGGCACCUACCGCUGCUUCGCCCGCAACAAGGUUGGGCAGGCGAUGGCGCUUGCCAGCCUGACGGUGCUCACACCGGAUCAGCUGAACGUGACGGGGCUGCUCCUGCCAAACCCCCGCCCGGGGCCGGAGGAUUACCUGGACAGCGAGGAGCUGGAGGACUAUUACUAGCGGCUCCCGGGGGGUGCUGGGCUCCUCCUCACCGCCCAGGCUGCCCGCACCGGAGCAUUUCCCCCGGGCCUCGGUGGGGAAGUAUGGGGGGGAUCUCACGAGCUGACCCCCCGGCUCAAAACUCCUCUGCGCGGUUCUUCGGGGGGGGUCAUUUUACGACGUGCCCCUUUGCUGGGUGAAGGGGGCGACAGGAGGG